CGAUCAGUAACACCGGGGGGAAGCCGCGCCCCUCACCGGCCCCGUGCCCCGAACCUUCUGGAAAAGGGUGGAACUACACAAGCGAGGCUCGGGGCGGAGGGGCCGGGGGGGACCGGUUUGGCUGCGACACUUCUUUUUCCGUUCCGGUACUGGGUGGAGGGAAGGGAGAGAGUAGCACAAGAUGGAGGAAGAAACGGCCUGAGUUUGGAGAUGGGCCUGGAGAAGGUUCUGGAAAUGAGACGUCGGGAUCGGUGAAAGUGAGCGGGAAGGUGCUCAUCGAAAGCCUGGAGCUCCCACGGGCUCUCCGCGGCCAACUUUCUUUUUAAUUUCUAACGAGUCUGUUUUGGCCCUACAGCUGCAGUCAGUAUAUGGUCUACCCCCCCACAUUGAGAAACAGAGAGCCCUUACCCAGGGGGUAAAUGAGGGGCAGGUUCACCUGGCCCAGGAAUGGACCAGGAUGACAGUGAAGGCGAAGCUGAGCUCAGGAAGCAGUCAGUUGGUGGUUGGGGUUUACUGCAGAUUGCCGGCUGCACAGGAUUAACUGCAUAUGUAGUAUGGGCAGGAAUACUGAUGCCUGGUUUCAGGAGGGUCCCUCUAAGAUUACAGGUACCCUACAUACCUGCAAGCCGCAAGCAGGUGCAAAAUGUGAUGACUUUACUGGAAGGCCGGUCUGGCAAAGUGGUGGACUUGGGAUCAGGUGACGGCAGAAUUGUGUUAGAAGCCAGUAGACAUGGCUUCCAUCCAGCAGUUGGCUAUGAAUUAAAUCCAUGGCUCAUCAGGCUGUCAAAGUUCUACGCUUGGAGAGCUGGUUGUUAUGGCCAGGUUUCUUACAUGAAACAAGAUUUGUGGAAGGUUGAUUUGUCAGACUGUUCAAAUGUCACGGUUUUCUUAGCUCCUAGUGUGCUUUCUUUACUAGAAGUCAAGUUGUUAAAUGAACUUCCGGAAGAUGCCUGGAUUGUUGCUGGUCGAUUCCCUUUCCCAAAUUGGAAACCUUGCUGCACUAUUGGGGAUGGGGUGGACAAAGCCUGGCGUUAUAGUAUCAAGCAACUACGAAAAGAAAAUGUUUCCCAGAACACGCAUGAAGGAACAGCAGUAGAACAUCCAUUGACAAAUCAAUAGUUGCAAAAAGGCAACUUUCAAGAGGAGACAGUUCAAUUUUUUUUAUUUUAAGCUGCAAUCCAUGGAUUUUUUGAAAAUAACUUACAAGAGAUCUUUAUUUGAAAGCCAAAGGAUCCUUUAUAAUAAAUUAAGCAAUCAUCUAUGAUUAUUUUUCAAUCAA